CAAUAUGAGUAUGACGUCAUCGUUAGUGCUGCUGGAAGAGUACUAGUCAUUGGUAUCAUGUCGGCAUCUGAGAAAACGACCAAGGAGGCGUCUGAGAGUGAUGCAUUGGAAACGAAUCUUGAAGUGAGACUCUCAAGCCAGUCGGAUGACGGUCCUGAGAGACCUGCCACACCAGUGGUUACUAAGGACACUGAGCCUAUGCUGUCACAGCCAGUCCAGCAGAUUCCAAAGGAUGGUUUGAAAAACAGAGAGGAAACCGAAAGACUCGCAACAACGUCUUCCUCUGUGUCAGGCAGAGCCCUCACAGGACAUGCAGCCAAGAGCCUUCCACACACGUCCUCCCCUUCCCUCUCCCCCCCCUCUACCUCUGCUUCCUCUCCUUCUGGAAGAGCAAAAAUGAGUGUCUCUGGACCAGGAAGCAAACCUCACAUGUCGCCUCUGUCCCCAUCCUCUUCCCAUCCAAUCCCUGGCCAGGCUGUAAAGAUACAUCGCGCUCGCAAGACCAUGAACAGACCGCCCCCAACACAGGUGAGGUGCAUUGAGUCGGCCAUUGUGCCAGUCAUACCCACAGAAGCCACAGCAACCUUCACGACAGACGCCGAAUCUGUAGUGGCAAAGCGGAGAAAGCUGGGCCUUGACAUUACACCUGAGAAGGCAGAGAGCACGAUAGGAGCAGAGAAGAAGACGGAUCGCAUUCUCCUCGAGGAGGCAAAAAGGCGCAGCAGCUGGCUGAAGGAUUUGGAUGAGGGUGCAGACGAGGACGAUUUUCUGCUCUACAACCCCUAUGCUAGGGACGAAGCGGACGCAGCCUAUUCAGACAGCAAGUCUGAAGAUGGUGGAAUCGAGGAUAGGCUUCAUGAAAGAGAUGCAGAAGAGUCGGCCAACAUGUCCGAUAACAGCUCUGAGUCGGAUCCACAGAGGCCAGGCCAGCGGAGCAAAGGGAGGAACGAGUCGCCCUGGACCCGCCCAGGGCGGGGGAAAGGGAGAGAGAAAGCUGACGGCAUGGAGGCAGGUGGAGCCAUGUCGACAGCACCUCCUCAAGGCGGGUCCAGUGAAUACACAGAAGUGGCCUUGGGCUCCCUGGACAUCACCGCUGCAGACGGCUUGACACUGUCACCUCAACACGAAGGCAGCGACGCCGGCGAGACGGAGCGCCUGGAGGAGCUGCCUCUGUGUAGCUGCCGGAUGGAGGCGCCCCGGGUGGACAGUGCCAGCGGACGUCCCGACAGACUGUGCAUGGCCACCGAGAGCGUCAACGGAGAGUUGGUGAGCUGUACCAGUAUCAUUCAGAAGGGGGAGACCAUGCGGCCGUCCAGUCGGGUUUCCCUCAUGGUGCUGUGUGAGAACCAUCGCUCCCACAUGGUCAAACAUCACUGCUGCCCUGGAUGUGGUUACUUCUGUAUCACGGGCACUUUUCUGGAGUGCUGUCCAGACCAGCGCAUCGCACACCGUUUCCACCGGGGCUGCGUUACAGUGCUCGGGGCCGGGCGGGGCAGGGGCUUGCUUUUCUGCCCCCACUGCGGCGAGGACGCCUCGGAGGCCCAGGAGGUCACCAUCCCACCCUCGGCGUCGUCGACAGCUACCGUGGUCACGACUUCGGCCUCCUCGACCACCACACCGUCUCUCCCCCCGUCCGUUCCCUCUCCCCCCUCCCAGGCGGCCUCCACAGGGGCACCGGAGAACGGGAAGAAGCCAGAGGGUCCGGUCAAGCUCGAAAGUGCGAGGAUGCGUGGGCGAGGGUUGGUGAAGAGGGAGGCCGAGCAGCCCCCCCAAGCCACUGUGGUAGGAGCGCCUGUCGACACACCCCACCCAGGGGAGGAGGGUGUGGACAGUGUGGGCCCCUCCCUCUGCCUGCCCAAUGGGAAGCCAAUAAGCCCCAGUGCGCUUCCCCCAGGGCCCAGCAGGGUGGCGUUGCAGAAGGCCAUUCUCACCCAGGACACUGAGAGGAGGAAGAAGCUGAGGUUCCACCCCCGCCAGCUUUACCCUGCCGCCAAGCAGGGCGAGGUGCAGCGAGUUCUGCUCAUGCUCAUGGAGGGCAUAGACCCAACCUACCAGGCUGAAUCCCAGAACAGACGGAGUGCUCUUCACGCUGCUGCCCAGAGAGGCCUGCUGGAGGUCUGCUACAUGCUGGUGCAGGCAGGCGCUAAAUUGGAUGUCCAAGACAAAUCAAUGAGGACUCCUCUCCUGGAGGCUAUUGUCAACAACCAUGUGGAUGUGACCAAGUACCUGGUCCAAAGUGGAGCCUGUGUUUAUCAAACGGAGGAAGAUGGCUACACCGGUCUCCACCAUGCGUCCAAACUGGGCAACCUAGAAAUUGUCACCCUUUUGUUGGAGACUGGACAGGUGGACAUCAACGCACAGGUGGGGAAGAGCAAGAGAGGAACACUCUUGGGCUCUAGACAGGGUGGCAGCAACCAACAAGAUAGUGGAGGCUGGACUCCUAUCAUCUGGGCCGCAGAGCACAAGCACAUACAGGUCAUCAGAGCCCUGCUCAACAGAGGGGCCGACGUCACGCUCAAGGACAAGGAGAUGAAUGUUUGUCUUCAUUGGGCAUCUUUCGCUGGCUGCGCUGAGAUUGCCGAGAUGGUGCUAAACGCCGGCUGCCCCCUGUCCUCUGUUAACAUGCACGGGGACACGCCCCUCCACAUCGCCGCCAGGGAGGGCUUCUUCGAGUGUGUAACACUGUUCCUCUCCAGGGGUGCGGACAUUGACAUCAUGAACAGGGAAGGUGACACGCCUCUUUCUCUAGCACGUUCAGAUUCGCCCGUGUGGGUGUCACUCCAGAUCAACAGGAAGCUGCGGCGGGGGAUAGCCAAUCGCAUUCUUCGGACAGAAAAGAUAAUCUCCAGUGACGUAGCCCAGGGCUAUGAGAACGUGCCCAUCCCCUGUGUGAACGCCGUGGACGAUGAGGGAUGUCCCUCUGACUACAAAUACGUCUCGGAGAACUGUGAGACGUCAGCCAUGAACAUCGACCGCAACAUCACACACUUACAGCACUGCAGCUGCACGGACGACUGCUCCUCCAGCAACUGUCUGUGUGGACAGCUAAGUAUACGUUGCUGGUACGACAAGGACCACCGGUUGCUGCAGGAGUUCAAUAAGAUCGAACCCCCUCUCAUCUUCGAGUGCAACCUGGCGUGCUCCUGCUACCGCACAUGCAAGAAUCGAGUUGUGCAGGCAGGCAUCAAGGUGCGUCUCCAGCUGUACCGGACAGAGAAGAUGGGAUGGGGAGUGAGGGCCCUGCAAGACAUACCCCAGGGGAGCUUCAUCUGCGAAUACGUAGGAGAACUAAUCUCUGAUGCAGAGGCAGACGUAAGAGAAGACGACUCCUAUCUUUUUGACCUGGACAACAAGGACGGGGAGGUGUACUGCAUCGACGCGCGUUACUAUGGCAACAUCAGCCGCUUCAUCAACCACCUGUGCGACCCCAACAUCAUCCCUGUGCGUGUGUUCAUGCUGCACCAGGACCUGCGCUUCCCACGCAUCGCCUUCUUCAGUUCUCGAGACAUCCUCACGGGACAGGAGCUAGGGUUUGAUUAUGGAGACCGUUUCUGGGAUAUCAAGAGUAAAUACUUCACCUGCCAGUGUGGAUCAGAAAAAUGCAAACACUCCGCGGAGGCUAUCGCCUUGGAGCAGAGCCGGCUCGCUCGUCUGGAGGCCUGUCCAGAAUCAGGGACUGAUCCUGGACUUGCCUUGCUAGGAAAUUCCUAGUCUUCCGCUGAGGGCUUUUGCAUGUGUCUCUGUCCUUAAUUUGGUUUUGAAUUUGCUAUGAGUUAUUGUUUCAGUGCGACAGACAAGAUUUCAUGCUUUUACUUGUUACAGACUGGGGUAAAAAAAAUUCUACAUAGGACCUUUCAUAAAAUACCUUUUUUUUAUAUAUAUAUAAUAUUGGUUUGCCCUGAGAUCACACAUCUGGCACCAGAACACACAGUGACAUCGUAGUUGCUCUCCACUUGUUCCAAAUAUAUACUGUUCAAUUCACUUCAGAUUACACUGCCGUGAUGAGGCCUUCUUCUGUCGUGAAGCAUUGAUGUUGAAAUACUGUGGUAUUGCGGUUGUAUCAACGUCAGUUGGUUUCAUGUUUAGUUUUUUUCUACAAGUACAUUUUUUAGGUUGUCAUUUCACAAAUUUGAUUAAAAAAAUGUAUUAUUGGA